CGCUAGAGCCCGCUAAUAUAGUAAUUCCGGCUAGGGUUUCUAAUUUCCCCUGUUUCUCUCGUGGAGAAAAAGGCUCUCACUCUGAUCUGACGUUUCUACUUCUUCACGACGCCGUAUUAGCUUCUGUCUUCGCCGCUGCCAUGUACGGCCACAGGGGGGCAUUGUUUGGGAGCGGGGGGGUGUCGGACGGGUACGAGAUCGGCUCAAAGAGACCAAGAAUGAUGGAAUCGAGUCCCUACUUCGCAGUGAGGAGCAGCAGCAGUUCGAUCAGUUACCAAACACAAGGCUACGACAACAGAUAUCCGCCUUCGUCAUCUUUUCCCGUGGUUCGUCUGAGGGGCCUCCCAUUCAACUGCACUGAUGUUGAUAUUUUCAAGUUCUUUGCCGGACUUGAUAUCGUGGACGUCUUCUUGGUCAACAAGGAUGGGAGAUUCUCCGGCGAGGCGUUUGUUCUCUUUGCAGGGCCUAUGCAGGCUGAUCUUGCUCUCCGGAGGGACCGGCAGAACAUGGGAAGACGAUACGUGGAGGUAUUUAGGUGCAAGAAGCAGGACUAUUACCAUGCCAUAGCAUCCGAUGUGAAAGAAGGAUUGCAUGGUAGCACCGACCACUGUGGUUCCCCGCCACCCGUCCGCCGCAAGAGGUCUCCGGAAAAGGAUAGAAUGGAGUAUACAGAGGUCUUGAAGAUGCGAGGCCUCCCUUACUCUGUGAGAAAGUCUGAGAUUUUGAAAUUCUUCGAAGACACCACCAUGACUGUGAAGGAGGAGAAGAUUCAUAUCGCGUGCCGAUCGGACGGGAAAGCUACCGGGGAGGCGUAUGUGGAGUUUGGUUCGGCUGAAGAGGCAAGGAAAGCCAUGUCUAAGGACAAGAUGAUGAUUGGAUCAAGAUACGUGGAACUAUUUCCUUCAACACCUGAAGAAUUGAGGCGAGCUGCAUCUAGAUCACGUUAGUGAAUCAAUAGAUUUCAACUUCUUCUUCUUGCCUCUCUUGUUAACUCUUACAUUAUGUUAGCUCACCCAUUUUAGUUAUUACAUUGAAACUUGAGUUUUGAGUUUGUGUAUUUUCCCUAAAUCCCUUGGUAGGAAUGAAGUGAUGCUCGAAAAUUAUCAACUA